GGUGACUCUCGGCCGCCGCCGGUGCUUGGUUGCCAUAGUGAUCCCUCAGCUCGGCGCUCAGACGUGGAGGCUGCACAUUGGCCGAACAUAGGGCCAGGCAGGAGCAAUGGAGACCCGAGCAGCCGGAGACAUGGAUGGGCAAAACAGCGACUCCAAAAAUUGCGCAUAUACAACGGAGAAAAGCGCAAGCGCCAACAUGAUCCUGGUUCAUCUAGAUCUCAAAGGGGCACCCCCAAAAGUCUCCUAUCUGGCUGAGGUUUUUCCGCUCUUCUCUGCCCUUGGAGCAAACGGGCUGCUGAUAGAAUAUGAGGACACCUUUCCGUACUACGAAGAGCUCCUCCCACUGCGGGCAGCUCACGCCUACAGUCCUCAGGAAAUCCAGGAGAUCCUGAUGUUGGCGCAGGUUAACCGUUUAGAAGUUAUUCCUCUCAUACAGACCUUUGGGCACAUGGAGUUUGUCCUGAAGCAUAAAGAGUUUGCCCACCUGAGAGAGGUCCCUACCUACCCAAACAGCCUGAACCCUCACAGGGAAGAGUCCCACCAGCUCCUCCAUGGCAUGAUAAGACAGAUGAUGGAACAUCACCCUGGCAUUCGCUGGCUGCAUAUCGGCUCAGACGAGGUCUACUACCUUGGUGAAGGCGAGGAAUCCAAGAAGAUCCUUUCCGAAAAUGGCUGGGCUGUGGAAGACCUCUUUAUGUGCCACCUGAAGAAGGUGGCCGCCCAUGUAGUUUCAACAUAUCCAGGCGUCAGGCCCAUCGCCUGGGACGACAUGCUGAGACCUGCAUCUGCCCAGACGUUGACAGAUUCUGGAUUGGCCCAGCUAGUGGAGCCUAUGAUCUGGGACUACACCCCAAACCUAGACGUGGACAAUAGAGUUGCCCUGAUUGAAAAGUACUCGCAGUCUGGCUUCCAGAAGAUCUGGUUGGCCAGUGCCUUUAAGGGAGCCACCGGCGCGUCCCAGCAGCUGACACAUAUCGGACAUCACCUGCAGAACCACAAGCGUUGGCUACAGGUGAUUCGGAGGAUACCCCAAGACACCCUCCAAGGGGUGGCCAUUACUGGCUGGCAGAGGUAUGACCACUUCUCAGUCCUGUGUGAACUUCUCCCGGUGGGGAUACCUUCUCUGGCCGUGUGCCUGCAGAUGCUGAAGCAUGGUUCUUACUCUGAACAGGUGGCCGCCUGCAUCCAAGACAUCUUGGGAAUGUCCCAUCUGGACACCGAAAACUACUCCAGUGAAGCGUCCGGCUCCUUCCCUGGUAGUGAUGUCCUUAUACUCAUCACCCAAGUCCUGUUCCACCUCAAGACCCCCACACAGGAAUUCCUGGAGAGAAACCGAUUUGUCUCUGGUUGGUUCAGUCCAUUUCACAGGAAGAGGAAGAUGAUCCAUCCUAUAAUGGUGCAACAGAUCGAACCCGAAGCCGUGAGUCUCUUGUCCAAUUGGGCUUUAGUUCUCGGUGACCUUCAUGCUGCUUUGCUUAAGAUCUUUCCUGCCGUUACCGUGGAUGAAUGGAUGGAGGAGUAUUCAAUGCCAUAUUAUGUACAACUCCAAGAACUGGUGGAAGAUCUGAACACUGCCCUGGAGAACCAGACCUAGAUCGGACCUCACUGUACGUCUUGUUGUACGUCUCAUUGUACAUCCACCUUCAUUUUAUUUCUCACACAGUUUAUGUUCCAUUCUCAGUCCUCUCCUUGAGCUUUACUUGUGUUUAAUUUCAUGGCUUUAUACUCCAGUUACAUCCAGAGCUGCUCUGAACCUUCAUCUGACAGCCACCUGGACUCACCUGUAUUGCACUGCACUUUGGUCCCCAAUAGAGGGCAGCAGGGAGAUUUGAUUUUAUGCAACCAGUGAGUUUACAAGGCAACCAAUAUACUUCUCUGUGCAGCUUUGGAUGUGAAUGGAGGAUAAUACAGUCAGUGCAGAUUGUUUGUAAAUCACAAUUAUUUUUCUGUACAGAUUUUAUUACUUUCUGUCAAUAAGAAAGAAAAUGUGCAAUACCACAUAGUGUCAUUAAUCUUUCACACUUUGGAUC